AUGGCACCCAUUGCAGAUACACCACUCAGUGGAUCUGAUCCAAAUAUGGAGAAGUCUGCUGAAGAGACAGGCUCUCCAAGUCUGGGGGCACCACGGUCUCCAUCACAACUAGAGCAGCAAUCAGACUUAGCAGAUCUCGAACGACUUGGUCGAGAGCGUCCUGCAUGUUUCUCUAGUAUUUGGUCGGAACUGACUUUUGCAUUCUCCAUUGUCAUGUCCCAGAUUCUUGCGGAAUAUUACAUAUCUGGCUCAAAUGUUCUCGUUCCUACGCUGGUCAAGGAAUUGCACAUCCCAGAAGCUUCGGUAGUAUGGCCAUCAACCGCACUGUCUCUCGUGGUUACAUCAACACUUCUCAUAUUCGGUCGACUUGGAGAUAUGUACGGGGGUUAUGUGGUCUACCUUGCAGGGGCAGGCUGGCUGGCAGCGUCAUCAAUCCUAGCCGGCUUCUCUCAAACCUGGCUAAUGCUAAUCAUCUGCCGAGCUCUGCAAGGAUUUGCUCUUGCCGCGUUCCUUCCGUCUGGGAUCAUGAUCUUGGGCAGCACAUAUCGACCCGGUCCACGGAAGAAUCUCAUUUUCAGCGUUUACGGCGCAUGCGCGGCGCUGGGAUUCUUCGCCGGUAUUUUCUUUUCCGGCUUGUGCAGUCAGUUCCUUAGCUGGAGAUGGUACUUUUUCAUUGGAGCAAUUCUUUCCGCAGUCACUUUUAUCUCUUCGUAUUUCUCGGUUCCCAGCGAUUUUGCGGAAAGGAAAAAAGCAAACGUUAAGAUGGACUGGGCUGGAUGCUGUCUUUCCGUACCAGGAGCGGUCCUACUCGUAUUUUCAAUUGCGGAAAGUUCCUACGCACCACAAGGAUGGAAGACGCCAUACAUCCCAGUUUGCUUCUCAUUGGGAGUGAUUUUUCUGGGACUUAUGGUCUACGUCGAAGGAUGGGUGGUCAAGGACCCUCUCCUUCCGGGAGAUCUGUUUGCAGUCAAAUAUCUGACACCGCUGGUCAUUGCACUGCUUUGUCUUUACGGGAGUCUGGGCAUAUACUUUCUAUACGCAGUUCUAUACAUGUCCGAUGUAAUGGGUGCAGGCCCGCUACAAAUCGUGGCGUGGACGGUCCCCAUGGCGGUCGGAGGUCUCAUCCUUGCGACAGCAGGAGGAUUUAUUAUGCACAAAGUCUCGGGAACGCUCCUUAUGGUUAUCUCUUGUAUUGGAUACGCCGGCGCGGGGCUGUUCUUUGCCGUGAUUCCCGAAGGUGGGAUAUACUGGGGUUUCGUCUUCCCCGCCAUGAUUUGUGGCACAGUGGGGAUCGAUAUCAGCUUCAACAUUUCCAACAUAUUUAUCACCACUCAUAUGCCCAAAGCCAAGCAGGGAUUGGCAGGGGCGUUGAUCAAUUGCACUCUACACUUUGGGAUUGCCAUUUUUCUUGGGUUUGCUGAUAUUGUCAAGUCAGAAACAGAACACCUUGGCCAGUUUAAGAGUUUCAAGGCUGUUUUCUGGUAUGAGACAGCGCUGGCACUAGUCGGUGGACUGAUUGUUGUGUUCUUCGUGCGGAUUCAUCAUGCAAAGAGUGAUUUGACGGUGGAAGAGAGAGAGGCAUUGACCGCCGAAAGUCGGAAUACAUAGUGUGGGUCAUCUUUAACUGGGGCAUAUGACCCUGGAUACGUUUUGUACAUAGAAUACUGUAAUACUUCGAUAUCAUGAUAGGACGAAUAUGAAUCUGCCUAAUUGUUGAGGCUGACAACCAGAGCUAAAAACUGGCGCAUGUGAGUGGUUGCCUGAAAAAUCGGGGGAUGAG